CAAUAAAUAUAUAUUUUUAAAAAAGUCUAGACUAGAGGCCUGAGGGAUAUGGCUCUUUCAAAGAACUGAGAGAAAAGCGCAUGAAGAGUGGUGUAAAGCUGGAGAAGUAGGAGGGUGCCAAACCAUGCCGAGCCCGAGCUUUAUCAUUAUCCUAAGAACAGAAGGAAGCCAUUGAAAUAUUUAAGCCACGUGGUAAAGCGAUCAGCUUUAUAUUUCCAUAGGUUAAACUUAGCUGUAAUGUGGAGAAUGGAUUGGAAAAGUCAAAAUUGGAUAGGAGGAAUGGAGUAAUCCAAGUAGAAAUGUUAUGAUGUGAUUGUGGAGAUAUGGAGAAAUGGACAGACUCGAGGGAUAUUUAGGAGGUAAAAUGGAUAGGAUAUGUAGGGUAGACCCGUGGGGGCGCGCACGUACAGUGCGAUUGAAACUUCGUGGCUCAUGUGCAGAAGUCGGUAUUUUGUGGAAGAGCCACACUCAAGGGGCCAAAGAGCCGCAUGUGGCUCACGAGCCCCCGUUUGCCGACCACUGGGUAGACAGAAGGAGUUGUCAAGGAUGACUUGUAGGUUUCUGACUUGCCUAGCUGGAUAGAUGGUAUGCAGUGAACUGGGAAAAUUAGAAAUUCAGUUUUGUACAUGAUGAGUUAUAGGUACCAGUGAGAAACUUAAGAGCUGUAAAAUGAAAAGUAGGGAUCUGGAGCUCAGAUUUGAUGCCUGGGAUGGAGAUAAAGAAUUAGUCAGUUAUCCGUAAUGCCAUAUGUAUAAAUGAGUGAAGAGGGCCUACGAUGGAGUCUUGGAUACUUACUGACCAGGUUAGAGGAAGAUGCAUCUUCAAAGAAGAUCCAGGAGGAGUGUCCAGAAAGGGAGAAAAGUCAGAGGAAAAGAUGCUGGAACCACAGGAGAAUGGCCUGAUUGACCUACCAGAUGAUGAGCACGUAGAAGAUGAAACGUUUCCUCCGUUCCCUCCUCCAGCUUCUCCAGAGAGAGAUGAUGAAGGAGCUGAACCUGAUGACGAGUCAGGAAGAGGAGCACCUGUUCCUGUACCUCCAAGGAGAACAGUUAAAAGGAACAUCCCCAAGCUUGAUGCUCAGAGAUUGAUUUCAGAGAGAGGGCUUCCAGCAUUAAGACAUGUGUUUGAUAAGACAAAAUUUAAAGGUAAAGGUCAUGAGGCUGAAGACUUGAAGACGCUAAUCAGACACAUGGAGCACUGGGCACAUAGGCUAUUCCCUAAACUGCAAUUUGAGGAUUUUAUUGACAGAGUUGAAUACCUGGGAAAUAAAAAGGAAGUUCAGACCUGUUUAAAACAAAUUCGACUUGAUCUCCCUAUUUUACAUGAAGAUUUUAUUAGCAAUAAUGAUGAAGUAGUGGAAAAUAAUGACCAUGAUGUAACUGCUACUGAAUUAGAUCCAUUUUUGACAAAUGCAUCUGAAAAUGCGACGUUUGCUUCUGAGUCAAGUAGAAGCCUAACUGAAGAGCAACAGCAAAGAAUCCAGAGAAAUAAACAGCUGGCCUUGGAAAGAAGACAGGCAAAGCUACUGAGUAAUAGUCAGUCCUUAGACAAUGACUUGUUAAUGAAUACAUCCAGGGCACAGACAGUUGAAGAUGUUAACACGGGUGAGGAUCAAAACAAGGAGAAGUCAGAUGAACUUAAGGAAGACAUUCUAGAUAAUCUGCAUAAUGAUGCUGCUGCCAAUACUGUAAAUGAAGAGGAGGAAUUAAAAAUAGAGAAAACUCAACUGGACCAAUCCUUUUAAAUGUACAGCAUUAACUUUAUGCUUCAUUCCGAAAAGUUACUGAGGUUGAAGAGUCCUCAACUAAAACGAAAUUAAUUUGGUAUCCUCAAAGUUUGAGAUUACUAUAUAUUUUGUCUACUUUGAGUGAAAUCCUUAUGUAGUAAAACCUUUACAGAUUCCUGUUUAAAAUCUGGUAUUUAUAAUUAUACUUGCUUCUCAUUAACUUUAGUUAAGCCUAUUUAUUUUCUUUAGUGUUGUAUAUAGAUAUGACUUCAUAACAAUGACUGGUAGUUAAUAAGCACCUUCUGCUGCCAGUGUGCCAUUCUAUGCCUUGUUUUCACUAAAUUAGGUGGAGUUUUAAGAUGUAAAUAUAUAUGAAUAUUAAUUUCCAUUUAAAUAAAAGAAAUAAAAAUCUUAUCAACUAUCUA